GUUAUUUCUUAAAAAGAGAAUUGUGAAGUCUUCACUCUUCAUAGAUUUUAAAUUUUACUUAUCGCGUGAUCCGUCGUUUUAUUCUGAAGUACCAACUCGAAUAUUACGAACUUAUAACAUCCUUUCUAUGCUCGAACUACGAUUUAAGAUUUAGCCAUAAGGUCUUAAAUCUCAAUACUUUAGUUCGUGCUUUUUAGUUCAGUCAUUAUUUCAUAUUAAAUAUUUGAUAUAUUCUAUUUUUCUUUUUUGGUAUUAAAAAAAAUGAUUAAUUAUUAACUUAUAGUGGAAUAAUAAUUGUCAUUUAACAUAAAAUUAUCAUUUAUGUUCUAUGUAAUUUUAACUGUCCAAUGUCCAUAGUAGAAUAUGGUAAUUGUCGAUCGCAAUCAAUCAAUUAAUCUAUAAAUAACUAUUAAAACACAGAAUAGAACAAUUAUUAAAAGUGCAAAUGUGUUAUUAUUAUUUUCCAUUUUCAAUACUACCUACAAAAUUACCUAUUGUUUCCUAAAACUAUUGGAAGGAACCGCGGAACCAGUGUCCAUUGUACACAACGGAAUUGCAAUAAUUAUAAUAUUUGAAAUAGGAAUCCUCGUAUAAAAUGGAACUUACAGAAGAUCAGAGAAAACGCAUAGAAGAAAAUAGGAAAAAAGCAUUGCAAAUAAGACAUGAAAAAUUAAAAGCUAGAUCAGUUGUACAACCUUACCAAAAACCCAUAUCACAUCAGUCAAAGAUAGAUAAAAGUCUUCAAAUCACAGUUGCCGGUCAAUCAUAUGUAGACACUGAAGCUGGAUUUCUGCUGAACGAGGAUGAUCUUUCAGAUAAAAAUAAACUGAUAAUACUAGCAUCAACACCAAAUCCAAUAUUAUCAAAAACUGAACAGCCUAUGUGUCUUGAAUGUAAUCAUGAAUUUGGUAUUUCGUACUUAAUGACAAAUUUUGACCAUCCUGUCUGUGAUAGAUGCAAGGAGAAAUUUGGAAAAGAAAAAUUUGAUUUAAUUACCAAGACAGAAGCUAAAAAAGAAUAUUUAUUAAAAGAUUGUGAUAUUGAUUUACGCUCACCCCCACUUAGGUUUAUUCUGGGCAAAAAUCCACACAAUUCCAGAUGGGGUGAAAUGAAAUUAUAUCUUUUACUUCAAGUGGAAAAAAGAGCAUUAGAAGUUUGGGGUUCUGAAGAAGAAGUGGAACGACAAAUUGAAUUAAGACAAGAAAAGCAAAAGGCAUCAAAGUUAAAAACUUUUAAGAAAAAAGUCAAAGAAUUAAGAAUGUCAACUAGAAGUAGUUUAUAUACCAAAGUCACAAAAGCUUCUCAUCAACAUGAAUAUGAUACAGAAAUAUAUAAUGAAGAAGAAGAUAAUUAUGAACAUACUUGCACUUCUUGUGGAUUUCAUGAAAUUUUUGAAAAAAUGUAAUUAAUAUUAGAUUAGGAUAAAUGUGUACAGAACUACCAAUUCUAUUCAAAACUAUUAUUUUCGUAAAUGGUACUUAAAGUAUUUAAAUCUUUCUAUAGAAUAUAUAUAUUUUUUUUA